AUGCCGCUUCGCAGGGCAGCCGCCACAAAAGCGCGUGACUCGAUCGCAUCCAGCGCUUCAUCUAGAUCCUCGCUGUCCCCCUCUCCCACCGAACAGGUGAAAUCAACACGUUCGUCCCGCUCGUCGGCAGCCACCAAGUCCAAACCAUCCACAACAGCAGCGUCUUCGAGAACGCGCAGACGCAUUCAAGACUCUGACGAUGAAGAUCAAGAGAGCGAUGAUGACAACGAGCAGGAAAGCGAAGAGGAGCAAGACGACGAGGAUGACGAGCCCGACACUCCGGUCAAACCCGCUCCCAGGUCAAGGGCAGCAAAGCCAUUCGCCAAGCCGGCAUCACGCACAUCAACAGCACGCUCGCAACCUUCCACUCGAAUUGCAAAAGUUACACCACCUCCUGUAAAGCCAUCCAGAUCGCGCGCCAAAAAGGUAGUAGAGAGCGAAGAGGAGGACGAGGAGGAGACAGAUGAAGUCGAAAAGUCGCUCAGCCUUGCUCGUGACGACGAUGGAAGCGACGACCAAGAAGAAGACGAUGACGACGAUGUCAUCCAAUCACCUACCGCCCGUCGAAGCACCAAAUCUGCCAAGGCAUCUUCUUCCUCAGCCAAGCAGAAGGCCCUCCCAGUCAAGCACGAGGACUCGGCAGAAGAAGAAGAAGAAGAAGAUCUCGACUCUGAUGCCUCCGAGGUCUCGUUCAAGGAAGCACGCUCCAAUACUCCCGAGCUUAAAGAUGCAGCAGACGCACCGCAGACGCCCUCGUCUAGCUUGCUCAAGCAGAUCGCAACCCCGGCCAAGCCCGUUGCACCUGCUGGUCCUCUCAAACGUCUCGUCAUCCAUAAGAUGGUGCUCAACGACUUCAAAUCCUACGCCGGUCGCCAAGAGAUUGGUCCCUUCCACAAAUCCUUCUCCUCGGUCGUCGGCCCCAACGGAAGCGGAAAGAGCAAUGUCAUCGACUCGCUCCUCUUUGUCUUUGGUUGGAGAGCCACAAAGAUGCGUCAGGGCAAGCUCAGCGAGCUCAUCCACAACUCGGCCGGCAAGGAGAAUCUCUCGCAGUGCAGCGUCGAGGUCUGGUUCCGCGAAAUCAUCGACCUCCCUGGCGACGGCUUCAAAGUGGUCCCUGGCAGCAAGCUCGUCGUUUCGCGUACCGCCUACCGCAACAACACCUCCCAGUACUUUAUCAAUGCGCGCAAGUCGACGUUUACCGAGUGCACCAGCCUUCUCAAGGCCAAGGGCAUCGACCUCGACCACAAACGGUUCCUCAUCUUGCAAGGUGAAGUUGAGUCCAUCGCUCAGAUGCCCCCACGUGCCAAGAACGAGCAUGAAGAAGGUCUACUCGAGUAUCUCGAAGACAUCAUCGGCACCAGCUGCUUCAAGACGCCCAUCGAGGAGCAGGCCAAGCUCGUCGACGAAGCCAACGAGAAGCGCGCUGAGAAACUUGGCCGUCUCAAGAUCGUCCAAAAGGAGAAGGACGCUCUCGAAGCCAAAAAGCGCGAAGCCGAACGCUUCCUCCGAGCCCAGAACGAGCUCACCCGCCGACAGUCUGCACUCUGGCAGCUGUACAGUCUCGAGGCUAAGGACAACAUCAAGGUUGCUACCGAUGCCAUCGAAAAGUACACGGCGCGUCUGGCACAAGAGGCUGAGAAGCACUCUGGAUCCCGGGCCGACAUCGAAGAGCUCGAAGCAGAAUACAAGGCGCUCGUCAAAGAGUUCGACAGCAUUGCCCGCGGAACCGAAAAGGUCGCCAAGGAGCUUGCACGCUUCGAAAAGGAGGAUGUCCAGCUGCAAGAAAAGCGCAAGCACGUCGAGUCCAAGAAGAAGAAGCUCGCAAAGUCGAUCGCUGACGACCGCCACGCUGCAUCCGAGGCACAAGCCACCGCCUCCGACUCGGCCCAUAAGAUCGAAAAAGAGCAAGCCGAGCUGCGCAAGCUAGAGAGUUCGCUCGAGCGCGAAGAAGCUCAGCUCGAAAAGAUCCGCGAUUCGCUCAAGGGCAAGACCGAAAAGUUCAGCCGCGCCAUCGAGCAGAAGCAGCGUGAGCUUCAGCCCUGGACCGCCAAAAUUAGCGAAAAGUCGGCCGCCAAGAACGUUGCCCUUGAAGAGCGUGAUCUGCUCGCCAGCCGCGGUGCGCAGGUCGAAGCCAGCAUUGCCGAAGCCAAGGACGCGCUCCGCAACCUCGAGCUCGACAACGAGUCCAAGCACGAAGAGGUUGAGAGCCUCAACCAGGAGCGACGUGACCUCGAGAAGAAGAUUGCUUCCUGCCAGAAGCAGCUCGACGACAUGAAGCAGCAAGAAGCCGCGCUGCGCAACAAGGUCGUCUCGGCGCGUUCCAAGGCCGACGAAGCACGCGCCACCGUCAGCGCCAGUCGAUCGCGCGGAGACGUGCUUUCGAGCCUCACGCGCCAAGCCGAGCUCGGCAUGAUCAAAGGCUUCCACGGUCGGCUCGGCAACCUCGGCGUCAUCGACGACAAGUACGACGUCGCCAUCAGCACCGCCUGUCCCGGACUCAACAACAUUGUGGUUGACUCGGUCGACUGCGGCCAAGCUUGCAUCGAGCAUCUGCGCAAGAACAACCUGGGUCGUGCAAACUUUGUUCUGCUCAACAGCCUCGGCAUCAGUGCCGCUGCUCUCGAGCCCAUCACGACGCCCGAGAACGUCCCGCGACUCUUUGACCUCGUCAAGCCACGUGAGCCUCGCUUUGCAGCUGCUUUCUACCACCAGCUGCGCGACACGCUUGUCGCCAAGGACCUCGCACACGCCAACCGCAUCGCCUACGGUGCCAAACGCUGGCGUGUCGUGACGCUCGACGGCCAGCUCAUUGAUAAGAGCGGUACCAUGUCGGGUGGCGGCAACAAGGUCUCACGCGGUGCCAUGAGCUCCAAAUUUGCCGCCGACGAGGUUUCGCCGGAGCAGCUGCAGCGUAUGGAGCGCGAUCGCGACUCGCUCGAAGACACGCUGCGCGGCCACGUCGCGUCCAUGAAGACGGUCGAGUCGCUGCUCGACGGCCAUCGCGCUCGUGCACCGCAGAUCGAUGUGGCGCUCGACAAGAUCCGCAUGGACCUCGAGAGCGGCGAGCAGCGAGUCACCGAAGCAAAGAGGCGUGUUGCUGAGCUCAAGGCCGAGAGCAAACCAGACGCCAACGAUGCUUCGCGAAUUGCUGAGCUCGAUGGCCAGAUCGCGUCGCUCGAGAAGGAGAUUUCCAAGCUCACCGAAAAGAGCAGCGCCAUCGAACGCGACAUUGAGCGGCUUCAGGAGCAGAUUCUCGAGGCAGGCGGUGUCGAGCUAAGAACGCAAAACAGCAAGGUCGACAGCAUCAAGGAGAAAAUUGAGCUCUCGUCCGAGCUAACCACCAAAGCCGAGGUAGCCAAGUCGAAAGCGCAGAAGGACGUGCUCAAGCUGCAAAAGUCGCUCGAGAAGAACGAGGCGCAACUCGAGGAGCUGGAGGGCGAGCUGGAGCAGCUGCGCGAGCAGAUUGCGAGCAACUCUCAAGCCGCGGACGGCGUGAGAGCUAAGGUCGAGGAGGCACAGCACCUCAUGGACACUAAAGCCGAAGAGCGCGACGAGAUCAAGUCGGAGCUCGACGAACGUUCAGAGUCGGCCAACGCAUUCCGUGCGCUCGAGAUGGAGAUCAAACAGAAUCUCGAGGAUAAUGAACGUUUCCGAAGCGAGCACGAGAAGCAACUCAAGCACCUGCGCGAGAAGCUGGCCGCCUUGUCGCUCCACCACAUCGACGAAGACGAUGAUAGUGACGACGAGGAGGCUGGCGACGCGCAAGUAAAAGACGAGGAGGAUGCCGAGGGUGACCAAGGCCGCAAAGCGUCCGGAAAGCGUUCCAAGUCUUCCAAGAAGCGAUCCUCCGCCAACGCGGACGUCGUAGACGAGGACGGCGAGGAGGAGGAGGGCGACAACGACGAUGAUGACAACGUCAACGACGAGCUGUUCGAGUAUCCCGAAGAUGAGCUGCGUGCUAUAGAUAAGAACGCGCUCAAAGCGACGAUCGUGGCGUACGAGACGGAUGUGGCGAAUGGUUCGGCCAACAUGUCGGUGCUGGCCGAGUACCGCAAGCGUGAAGGCGAGUUCCUGGCUCGAGCCAAGGAUCUCGAGGCGACGACGCAGGAGCGUGAUGCGGCCAAGCAGAGGUACGACGACCUGCGCAAGCAGCGAUUGGAAAACUUCAUGGCGGGCUUCAGCAUCAUCUCGUCCAAGCUCAAGGAGAUGUACCAGACCAUCACACUCGGAGGCAACGCCGAGCUCGAGCUGGUCGACUCGCUGGACCCCUUUGCCGAAGGCAUCCUGUUCUCGGUGAUGCCGCCCAAGAAGUCGUGGAAGAAUAUUUCGAACUUGUCGGGUGGUGAAAAGACGCUGUCGUCGCUGGCGCUCGUGUUUGCGCUUCACGCGUACAAGCCGACGCCGGUGUACGUGAUGGACGAGAUCGAUGCAGCGUUGGACUUCCGCAACGUGUCGAUCGUGGCCAACCUGAUCAAGGAGCGCACGAAAGGUGGACAGUUUAUCAUCAUUUCCUUGCGCAACAACAUGUUUGAGCUGUCGUCGCGCCUGAUCGGCGUGUACAAGACGGCCAACUGCACCAAAUCGCUCACGAUCGACAACACCGACCUGCUUGCACCUCCGCCGGCGCCCGCAGUCAACGCAGCCGGAGGUGGACACUCUCGACCGAGCAUGGCAAUGAUCCCCGGGUCGCCAGCAGCGACUCCCUUGCAUCGCUCGCAGCAGGCAAGUCUGGUGGCGGCUACACCUCGACCAGGUGGACACGGCAUGAUGCCCCCCAAGACGCCGUCUGCUAGUGUCGCGUCGAAACCAGGAACGUCGUUGAACUUGCAGGCUCUGAUGACGCCGGCGAUCGGCAAGACGCCGUCGUCGGUGCUGCAGCGGUCGAGGAUGCACAACUCGUUUGCCUCAUCCAACUUCCUUGCAGAAAAGGCGAAGGGGAUCAAAGGCCCGGCGUUGGGUGUAGCCAAGAGGAGCGUUUCGCAGACGGUCGAGGAGUGA